UGAAAAAUGAAUUUUCCUUUUUCAGUUUGCGAAUAGAAAACGAGGAUGUAGGUUGUCGGUUGUAUUUACAAGUGCUAAACGUAAUAAAGAGGGUUCUAAUUUAUUCCAAUCAUAAUAUUUACUCUCGUGAACACUUAAGACAAUGGAAGACGACAUUAACAAGCCAUAUAAAAUUUGUGAUGUGAAUCGAGAAAAGAAGAAGGGCAUCGUGGCGUCGUCGUUAGAAGAUCUUAUAAAUAAAGUGCCCGAAAAAUUGGGAUUGCCUUCCGAAAAUCUCACGGUUGUUCUGGAGAUCGACGGAACUGAAGUGGACGACGAAGAGUAUUUUUCAACUUUAGAUCCGGACACUGCUCUCAUGAUUUUACACGGGAACGAAAAAUGGGCACCGAAUAUGCCGAAGUGCCAAGUUUCUUUGGAUCAAACGGACGACGUGUCGUUGGGUGAAAAAGGUCAAGUGGCGAACCUAGUGGGCCGCCUGCAGCACAACCUCUGUCAUAUUUCCUUACUUGGAGGUCAAGAUUUGGAACUGCUGUCUGAUAUGGACCCAGACAGUCUUGCUGAUAUUGUGACUGAUAGGGACAACAGAAUAAUACUUGAACACAUCAAGGAAGCCUCUGGAAGAAUUUUGCUGGAGAAACGCCAAGCUCAAGAUGCCAUGGAGCUACUGAAACUUUACCAUCAGAGUGUUGCAAACGGGAAUGAAGAUGUUUCUACUCCUAGUCAAGAAAGGGUGUAAGAACUAGCAGCAUGUCUAAAUUCUGUCUAACCUCGAGUAUUUGUUUAAGAGUGGACAUGUCUCAAAAGUUUACAAAGCAUUUGCUUAGAAGAAGCUGCUUGCGAGACAUUAAUGUCUAUAGUAGUACUACAAAAAUAAAAAUUAAGUAAUUGCUAAGUUGUAAUGUGACUUAUUUUGCCACAAAACUACAUUUAUUUUGCUCUAAAAUAACAUUUCCAGUGCAAUACUAAUUCUGCCUUGAAAGGAACUUUAAUUUAUGUAGUACUAUUAUAUUUAUAGACUUAAUUGUCAGUGUAAUAUGAUGUAUUUGUAUCUAUUACGUACUAAGAACUAGAUAGAUAGAUGACUCUUCUGACAAGUAUGUUUUAACAAAGACACUGGGUAUGAUUCAUCCUGUAAUAUCAUAAUAAUUAUUAAAAUUAUUUAAUAGUAUACACCAAGUAAAUGAGGCCUUUUUUUAGAAAUCUGAAUUUAUAUAACUUUAUUUGAUGCAUAGUCUCACUAUAAUUUAUGUUUAUAUAACAAUAUAUUGAAAGUACUCUAGUAGAUUUAGUUACAUUCGCUAAAGAUACGAGUCUGUACAGUAAUAUUUUAUUAAACUCCUUUAAAAAGAUGUAACGGGGAAGUGGAACCGUUAUCGUUAUAGGUAAUCUUAGGUGUUGUAAGCAGCAGUUCUUAUGAGUACGAGCUGAAAUCAUGUAAUCAUGAUAGUAUCAUAUAAUAGUUAGUGUUAAUCGAUAUUGUAUUUACUAUUGAUAAACCCUCCCAUUGAUGUAUUUUAAUAAUCGCUGUGCACUUUAAAUUAUAUAAGUAGUAUUACUAAAAUGUCCUUUUAUAUAAUUGAGUAUGUUAGAGUAUUUAACUGUAAGGUGAUAGAAUGAGAAAUAUAACCAAUAUGUUUAGUAUUGUAAUCUGUAUGUGUAUUUUAGAGUUCUUAGACACUGUAUCCAAUCUGUUUUAGUUUUCAAACAUUUACCUCCCGGUUAAAACAAAUAUUCACACCAUGCUCACACUAAUCUAUAUUGCACUUUGUCUGAUACAUUUGAAAAUCCACUCGAAAGAAUAUGGAGCAGUAUAAGCAUGGAGUAAAUAUUUUUAUUGAUACAGGGGUAUGUAAUAAAUAAAAUGUAUGCUUUGUAAACAUGGUUAAUUAGUUAUUGUAGGGCCACAUAACAUCUACAGUAUGGCCUAAUGGAGUUUGGAAAUAUAAGAAAUUCUUUUAAUCUAUUCAGAUUUCAGAGUAGUCGCAAAAGCCUGACAGUCAGGAGAAGUUAGGUGUUAAAACUAUAGAAAGUAUAUUUCGUUACAUUAUUUGUUUUCACCAUUGAUUCCUAAUGAAACAAUUAUUUGUAAAUGUUGUAUACCUAUGCUAGUAGAUGGAAUUUUAUACCUGUAAUAAUAAAUAUGACAAUAGGGAUGCUAGCGGAUAGGCCUUUACUUUUCAGGUUUAAGGUGUAACUUAAUUUAUUUGCUUUUGUAAACUUUUGAGAAGCAAAUUGCUACAAGGUUGAUAAUCAACAUCAAUUUAAAAGACUGAUAGUUGGUAAAAUUUAAUUUUUUUAUAUAGUUUUACCCCUAGUAUAAGAUUACUUCAUUUAUUCCAAAUUUGCUCAAACAAUUUACAAAAUAAUAAUAUAUUUAUAAGUUUUAUCUAUUUUUAAUUCCACUGCCAAGACAUUGUUCAUCAAAUUAGAAAUUAAGUCUUUAUGGUACCUACUGCUUUGGAGUUCAGUGUAUUGUAAUCUUCUUUAGUACUGUAUGUUAAUAGGUAGAUAUUUUAGAGAAUAAUAAAUAAAUAAAAAUAACAAACUGGUUGCACUAAGCAGUUGUUACUGUAAAGGCUUGAUUAGGAAUUGCAUAUAGAACACUAUGCUUGCAGAAGUAAUAACAUUGCAUUUUUUAUAGGGACAUGUGUACGUAAGUAAACAUUUAUUGACACACUGCACAAAAUUCCGCACAAACAUCCUAUUUUACAAACCAAUAUCACUAGCACAUCCAAAACAUAGCUCUAACAUUUAAUUAUAAUUUAUUAUCUCAUAGAAAAUUUAAUGUAGCCUUUGAAUUGAAUGCCUGAUUGAAAGUAUAGUCAUAUCCACUGUGUACUGUCAGGGAAUUUAAUGUUUAGCAGGCUGACCAUUGUCAAUUUUGUGUAAGAUUGUUGAUAGAAACAAAUAAUGAUGUUGGUCAGUGGUCACUGCUAAACUAGAUGAUCUAUAGUACUUUGUGAGCAACUGUGUACGUGGUAGUUAUAAAAAUUUCAUAAAAUAUCACAUCAACAUCUUAGAAAUACCUAUUGCAAUUUCAAAGUACUGGAAUUGAUGUAUGCUUAGUUUUAAGUUUUUUACUGUGCACAAUUAAAGUGUUUAGCAAAG